AUGGAUCAGGGAAGUUCUGACUCAGCAGCUGUGUCAUGCAGAGUUCUUGACUCUGUUCCUCCCUUCUCCUCAACUCUGGACUCCUGCACUCUUCUACCAAUCUCUCCGGCUGCUCAGUCUCCUGAGAGACUGAGCUGCAUCCUUCCAGAUGAAGAUGGCCCCACACCGACGCUCUUCACUCAAAUGGACAGACUGCAACAUGAAGGUGGUGAACUGGAGUGGAAAGAAUCUGCCAGGUGGGUGAAGUUUGAGGAGAAGGUGGAGCAGGGUGGAGAGAGGUGGAGCAAGCCCCAUGUUUCCACACUCUCACUGCACAGUCUGUUUGAGCUACGGACCUGUUUGCAGACUAGCAGUGUUGUGCUGGGCCUGGAGGCUCACUCGCUGCCUCAGAUAGUCGAUGAAAUAGUGGAGAAGCAGGUCCAGGAUGGUCUGAUUGCUCCACAACUCAAAGAAAAGAUCACUUUUGUCCUGCUGAGGAAGCAUCGACACCACACCAAAAAGUCCAUCCAUCGCUCACUGGCUGACAUUGGAAAACCCAGCCCCUCAAACAAAGAUCAUGAUCAGAGUCGUAGUAUGGAUGACAUCUCAGUCACUCCGACCACUGAGCAGCUCAAGAACAAGUUCAUGAAGAAACUCCCCAGAGAUGCAGAGGCGUCUAAUGUGCUGAUUGGAGAGGUGGACUUCCUGGAAAAGCCCUUUGUGGCCUUCGUCCGACUUGCUCAAGCAACUACGUUAGGUGGCCUGACUGAAGUUCCCAUGCCAAGCAGGUUUCUGUUUGUGUUGCUUGGUCCUCCUGGGAAAGCCAAGUCCUACAGUGAGAUUGGCCGCUCCAUUGCCACUCUCAUGGUUGAUGAUCUCUUCAGUAGUGUGGCAUAUAAGGCCAGAGGUUGUGAGGACUUGAUUGCAGGAAUUGAUGAGUUUCUGAAUGAGGUGACAGUACUUCCACCAGGAGAGUGGGACCCAAAGAUCCGGAUUGAACCCCCAAAGAAAGUGCCUUCAGCAGAGAUGAGGAAGUCAUUUUUUACAUUAAAUGAGUCAGGUCAGGCAAACAGAAGUGCAGGAGGAGUAGGAUUAGCAGCUGCUAAUGAUGAAGAAAUGCCUCCCUCUCACAAGCUGGGAGAAGAACUGACCUUCACUGGGAGAUUCUGUGGUGGUCUUUGCCUUGAUGUCAAACGGAAACUCCCUUGGCUGCUGAGUGACUUCUAUGAGGGCUUCCAUGCCCAGUGCAUCUCGGCUGUGCUGUUCAUCUACCUGGGUUGUGUCACGAACGCCAUUACUUUUGGGGGCCUCCUAGGAGACGCUACUGACAACUACCAAGGUGUGAUGGAGAGCUUCCUGGGAACGGCUCUGGCAGGAACAGUCUUCUGUUUGCUUGGAGGUCAACCCCUUAUCAUCCUAAGCUCCACAGGGCCUAUACUGGUGUUUGAAAAGCUACUCUUUGAGUUUUGCAAAAACAAUGACAUCGACUACUUGGAGCUGCGUCUAUGGAUUGGCCUGCACUCCUGCCUUCAGUGUCUGGUCCUGGUGUCCUCAGAUGCUAGCUACGUGAUUAAGUACAUGACGCGCUUCACAGAGGAAGGCUUCUCCAGCCUUAUCUCAUUCAUCUUCAUCUUUGACGCCAUCAAGAAGAUGGUGGGAGCCUUCCAGAACUACCCUAUUAACACGUACUUCACGCCUGACUCCAUCACAGCCUACAAGUGUGAAUGCCGGGGCCCAGGCCAAGUGACUUCAGUGGUUCUCAAUUCUUCAUCUUUAGUAGUCCGAGACAACCUGACUGCUUACUCCUUGUACAAUGCCACAGGUAUGGAUUGGAGCCAACUGAGUAAGAAGGACUGUCUGAAGUAUGGCGGCGCCCUGGUGGGCAAGUCCUGCAACUACAUUGCUGACCUGGCUCUCAUGUCCUUCAUCCUGUUCUUUGGAACAUAUACCAUGACCAUUUCACUCAAGAAAUUCAAAUCCAGCCAAUACUUCCCCACCAAGUUUCGGACCUUCAUCGCAGAUUUUUCCAUUAUCAUUUCCAUCCUGGUCUUCUGUGGCCUGGAUUUCCUGGUUUCCCUGGACACUCCCAAACUGCAUGUCCCCAGUGAGAUCAAGCUUCGGAAACUCAUGAGUGAUUACAUCUUCACAUCAAUCAUGGCAUUUGUUGGUCUUGAUAUGUUAACGGGGCUUGAUACACCAAAGCUUCUUGUGCCCUCAAAGGUUAAGCCCACCCGGCCAGACCGCAGCUGGGUGGUCCUGCCCUUUGGGAAGAGCCCCUGGUGGAUUUACUUGGCCAGCUUUGUGCCAGCUCUUUUGGUUACAAUCCUCAUCUUCAUGGAUCAACAGAUCACGGCUGUCAUCAUCAACCGUAAGGAGAACAAACUCAAGAAAGGCUGUGGGUACCAUUUGGACCUGUUCUGGGUGGGGCUCCUCAUGGCUGCCUGCUCUUUCCUGGGCCUGCCUUGGUACGUGGCAGCCACCGUCAUCUCCAUUGCUCACAUCGAUUCUCUUAAGAUGGAGAGUGAGAGCAGUGCCCCAGGGGAACAGCCACAGUUCCUCGGUGUACGGGAGCAGAGGUUGACAGGUAUCUUGGUUUUUGUACUUACUGGGGUCUCAAUUUUCCUCGCUCCCAUACUGCAGUACAUUCCCAUGCCUGUACUCUAUGGGGUGUUCCUGUAUAUGGGAGUAUCCUCUCUCAGUGGCAUUCAGUUCUGGGAGAGGAUCAAGCUAUUCCUGAUGCCAGCCAAGCACCAGCCAGACUUUGUUUUUCUCCGCCAUGUUCCCCUGCGCCGUGUGUAUCUCUUCACUCUUGUACAGAUUACCUGUCUGGUUGUGCUCUGGACCCUCAAGUCUACUGUGGCAGCUAUAAUCUUCCCAGUCAUGAUUCUUGGACUGAUGGUGGUCAGGAAGAUUCUUGACCUGGUCUUCUCCCAGCGUGACCUGGCCUGGCUGGACGAUAUCCUCCCCGAGAAAGACAAGAAAAAGAAGGAAGAUGAGAAGAGGGAGAAAAAGAAAACCAAGGGCAGAGACUGUGACGAUGAUGAAGAGUCGAAAUGUCCCAGAAAGAGUUCCUGCUCAGUGAAGAUCCCCAUGGAACCACUGGAUCUACCAUCCGUCGUCCUCCCCUGACCUCACUAACACAUCUCCCUGCAUAUAACUAGAAGAAUCACCCUUAUUC